AUGGCCAAGCCUCGCAAGCCCAAGAACACCGACGACGCGAAGCCACCUGACAACUCCGGAGCUGUAGUUCGUCACCAGAAGCUUUGUCUCUCCAUCGACAUUGACAAGCGUCGCGUUUAUGGGUUCACCGAGUUGGAAAUCGCGGUUCCUGAUAUUGGCAUAGUUGGGUUGCACGCGGAGAAUCUUGGGAUUGUGAGUGUUUCAGUGGAUGGCGACCCUACUGAAUUCGAGUAUUAUCCGCGGACUCAACAUGUGGAAAGUGAGAAGAGUUUUAAAGCAGUGUCGUCGCCUACCUCUGCUGCAGAUGCUGCGGGGUCAAUUUAUUUAUCUUCAAUCGAGAAAGAACUGGUUCCUAAUUUGUUGAUAAACUGCUGCAAGGCUUUCAAGAAUGGAAGUGAGAAGCAAGACCAGCCAUUUCUGGAGAAUGGAGUGCAACCAGCAGUCGAGGACAAGCAGAAUAUAAGGCUGGUUCGUAUUGAUUACUGGGUAGAGAAAUCAGACGUAGGUAUUCACUUCAAUGAUCAUAUUGCUCACACGGACAACCAAAUAAGGCGUGCAAGAUGCUGGUUCCCUUGUAUGGAUGAUGGCCUACAACGAUGCAAGUAUGACCUCGAGUUUACUGUCUCUCAAAAUCUUGUGGCUGUCAGUAAUGGAAUUCUGUUGUACCAGGUCUUGAGCAAGGAGAAUCCUCCCUGCAAAACUUAUGUUUAUCGUGUAGACAUCCCCGUCAAUGCACAUUGGAUAUCACUUGCCGUUGGACCAUUUGAAAUCCUUGCUGAUCACCAAAAUGGAUUUAUAUCACACAUGUGCUCGCCAGUUAAUUCUUUAAAGCUCAAGCAUACAGUGGAGUUUUUUCAUAGUGCAUUCAGCUGCUAUAAGGAUUACCUCUCCGUGGACUUCCCAUUUGGGUCAUACAAACAAAUCUUCAUAGAGCCAGAAAUUGCAGUAUCAUCAGCAUGUUUGGGAGUUUCCAUGUGUAUAUUUAGUUCUCAUUUUUUGUUUGACGAGAAAAUCAUUGAUCAGACCAUAGAUACGAGGAUUAAACUUGCUUAUGCUCUUGCAAGGCAGUGGUUUGGUAUUUAUAUUACGCCUGAAGCCCCAAAUGACGAGUGGUUGUUGGAUGGUCUUGCUGGUUUUUUGACUGAUUUAUUCAUCAAGAAGAACUUAGGAAAUAAUGAGGCACGCUACCAGCGAUACAAGGCAAAUUGUGCUGUUUGUAGAGCAGAUGAUAGUGGUAUAACCACCUUGAGUUCCUCUUCUGCUUGUAAAGAUUUGUAUGGGACCCAACGCAUUGGUAUAUAUGGAAAAAUAAGAUCAUGGAAGUCUGUGGCAAUCCUUCAAAUGUUGGAGAAGCAGAUGGGGCCUGAGUCUUUCCGCAAGAUUCUGCAAAAUAUUGUUUCUCGUGCUAAGGAUACAACCUCUACAUCACAAUCACUUAGCACAAAAGAGUUUCGUCAUUUGGCCAAUAAGAUUGGAAACCUUGAGCGGCCAUUUCUUAAAGAGUUCAUUCCUCGGUGGGUUGAAUCAUGUGGUUGUCCACUGCUGAGGAUGGGAUUUUCCUACAACAAGCGGAAAAAUAUGGUUGAAAUGGCAGUGUCACGGGAAUGCACAGUAACACCAGCCACAAUUUUAGAGAAUCGGGACAGUGAUACUGGAUGGCCUGGCAUGAUGAGUAUCAGGAUUUAUGAACUUGAUGGUGUGUUUGAUCAUCCAGUUCUCCCAAUGACUGGUGAGUCGUGGCAGCUACUAGAAAUACAAUGCCAUUCCAAACUUGCUGCUAGACGCCUCCAGAAAACUAAAAAGGGGUCAAAACCUGAUGGUUCUGAUGACAAUGCUGAUAUACCUGCGCUUGACGUCCGCUCUAGUGUGGAAUCUCCUUUGUUAUGGUUGCGAGCGGACCCCGAGAUGGAAUACCUUGCUGAAAUUCAGUUUCAUCAGCCUGUUCAGAUGUGGAUUAAUCAAUUAGAGAAAGACAAGGAUGUCAUUGCUCAAGCACAAGCAAUCGCGACUUUAGAGAUGUUGCCUCAACCAUCUUUUUCUGUUGUUAAUGCUCUUAAUAAUUUCCUCAGAGACCCCAAGGCCUUCUGGAGAGUAAGAAUUGAAGCAGCAUUAGCAAUGGCCAAAACGGCCUCAGAGGAUACUGAUUGGGCUGGUUUGCUUAAUUUGAUUAAAUUUUUUAAAAGUCAGAGAUUCGAUGCAGAUACUGGACUCCCCAAGCCAAAUGAAUUUCGUGAUUUUCCCGAGUAUUUUGUUCUUGAGGCCAUUCCUCAUGCUGUUGCUAUGGUCAGGGCUACCGACCAAAAAAGCCCUAGAGAAGCUGUUGAGUUUGUUUUGCAACUUUUGAAGUACAACGACAACAACGGGAAUCCUUACUCUGAUGUUUUCUGGUUGGCUGCACUAGUCCAGUCAGUUGGUGAACUUGAAUUUGGGCAGCAGAGCAUUCUCGUUUUAGCAUCGCUACUUAAAAGGAUUGAUAGACUUUUGCAGUUUGACAGGCUGAUGCCUAGCUAUAAUGGGAUCUUGACUAUUAGCUGCAUCCGAACCUUGACCCAGAUUGCACUGAAACUAUCUGGACUUCUCUCUCUUGAUCGUAUCAUUGAACUGAUAAGACCUUUUCGAAAUUUUAAUUCCACGUGGCAAGUUCGAAUUGAGGCUACCCGAGCACUUCUCGAUCUUGAGUACCAUUGCAACGGAAUUGAUGCAGUAUUGUUAUUGUUUAUUAAAUAUUUAGAAGAAGAGAAAUCCUUGCGAGGGCAAGUGAAGCUGGGGGUCCAUGUUAUGCGUUUAUGUCAGAUAAUGAGAAGAUCUGAUUCAAAUGAUUCAGUCAAUAAUGACACUCUUGUUGCUUUGCUCCUCCUACUUGAAGGCCACAUGGCGUUUAACAAUGUUUGUCUACGUCACUACUUGUUCUGUAUUUUACAAGUCCUUGCAGGAAGGCCCCCAACACUUUAUGGAGUUCCCAGGGAAUAUAAAACAUUGCAUAUGGGUGACUCAGGAACUUGCAGUGAACAAAAGAGGGUUUUAACUUCUCUCAUUCCUGAAUUCAAUCCACCAGAGCCGUCGUCAGUCUCUGCAGUAGCGCCUGUGCCAUGUAUUCCAGCAACCCUGUCAUCAGAACCACUUCAUACUCCCAAACCGAGGCCUGACAGCUUGGCAAUUCCCGAGGUUUCCAAGGAAGGAGCAGCAGUUGUAGAGGUUCCCAAGCAAGCUACGGCAAUAGCAGAAGCUCCCAGAGAAGCAGCCUCUGUUUCCAACAGUCAUGAGAGGAAGUUGCCGGUUGUUAAGAUCAAAGUCAGAUCAUCUGCGGCUACAAGUAGAGCAGAUGCCGAUAAUCAAACCACUGAAAGAUCUCAUGCUGCACCUCGUGAAACAGAUGUUGGUCCUAGUAGUUCUGUUUCCGUUGAUGCCCCUCAAAGAAAUAUUGCAGAGGCUACAAGUAUCAGCAACCAUAUUCUGGAGGAGGUUAACUCCUGUCAUGAUCAUGGAUCUCACAUGACAGCCAGCAUUGGCAGUGCAAAACCUGCGAGUUAUGGUGACGAUCUUGGGAAGGAGUUCCAGUGCACUGCUGAUUCCAGUAGGGCUUUUGGACAUUUUCAGCCAGAAGAUCCUUCAUCAUCGAGCAUCAUACAAGAUAACAACAUUGAUGCUGAUGCACAGAAGUAUGCAAGUCUUCAGACACUUUCUUUACCACAGCACGAUCAUGGCUUAGCCUCUUUGCACUCUCGCCAUGGAAAAAAGGAGAAGAAGAAAGACAAAGAAAAGAAACGUAAACGAGAUAGUCAUAAAGAACAUCGCAAUGAUCCCGAAUACAUCGAGCGCAAACGACUGAAGAAAGAGAAGAAACAAAAAGAAAAAGAGAUGGCAAAGCUAUUGAAUGAGGAGGUGAAGCCACUGCCAAUUGCAAUGCCUCGUAUAAAAGAACCACCAACCAAGUCAACACCCGUGCAGCUAGAAUCAAACGAACCUAGUGGAUCAAGAUUAAUCGUAGGAGUUAAUAGUAAGCCCGAGGCAUCAGAAGGUACUGCUUCUGCUGCUCCCAAACUUAGAAUUAAAUUCAAAAAUCGGACGUUGAACAAUUCAUAAUGGAUGUAUUCAGCUCUUCUUCGUACAUUAGUUGAAAUCCCUACCAAUUGUUGUCUUUCAACGUUAUCCUUCUUCCGAGUCAAGGCAUAUAAUCUGAGCUCUGUGAAAUAACAGAAUGAAAUUCAAUCAAUUCGAGUUUCCUCCUUGUCACAA